CGCUUCCGCUUCAACGUCGGCGGCAGCGGUCAGACGUAAUCACAGCGACGCCUCUGGACAACGUCGGUACUGCCGCUCAGGUGACGCAAGCUGCAGGCAAAGCCGGUUCUUUUUCCUAGAAAAUGAAAGCGAAAGCAUCCUGGGACACUUGAUACAGCUCAAACUAGACGGAGAGUCAAAGUGGACACCAGCAAAGAAGCACCAUGGCUCUGCUGCUGAAGGUUUUCCUAUACUGUAUGGUAACGGCUGGGGUGCACUGCGUCCACCCGCUGCAAUGGCUGCCCUGUCAGUUCACAGACGAGCAUGUGAGCCUCAACAGUGAGGGACACAUUGAGACUCAGCUCAUCCACAGAGAGGCCAUGCUGCAGUUUGGUCAAAAAGGGGACGCUCCUGUUAAUCCACACGCCGUCACCUUCUUGAUCACUGGAUCCAAGGUGGACCUGCGGCGGUACCUGGAUGGCGUGGAAGCAGAUCAGUUGGAAUGUGAGGUGCGCAGGUACAGCACAGAGGGCAUCCAUAUCCACUGGCCCAGCCAGGAGGCCAAGGACUACAACCGGUGGUUCACCUGCACCGUCAAGCAGGACAAGGGUCUGUUCACAGUCACGGCCUUCCUCAGACACCCGUCUGACCAGCCUCCACCAGGACAGCAGGACUACCGCAGCUGGCCGGCCAUCGCUGACACCGAGAUCCUCACUACGUCUGUUGCCAUGGUCACCAAGACACAAACUCCGUCUGUGAAAGCCACCCUGAGCUCAGAGCAGAGGCUCCACUGCCUGUUCGCCAUUGACCACCGCGGGGCCAACGUCACCGUGGAGUGGUACUGGCAACAGCGCGGAGAGAGGAAGAAGCUCUUCAGCCACACCAGCCGCACACGGCAGACCCAGGGCUCCGGCGUGGCGCUGAAGGCCCUCGCAGGAGGAGACGCCUCCUACACACUCCCCUUCACCAAGAUGAGCAGUGAAGGAACGUACAUUUGCUCCGUGCUAGUUAAUCCGCUGUUUGGGAGUCAGGACGUGAUUCUGCACAUUGAAGAGCCCCCCCGCGUCUCCCUGAACGUGGCACCCGUUCUGUCCGUGUCGGACGGCGCCGAACGCAAGAUUGUCUGCGAGGCGGAGAGGUACUACCCUCUGGACGUGGAGAUAAACUGGUACGAGCAGGACCCAGCUGUGGCGGGUCAGCGGGUCGGGGCCCCGCUCCCUAAGACGCUGCAGAACGUCCUGCUCUCCAGCCACAAGCACAACCAGGACAUGACCUACUCGGUGUCGGCCUUCUUCUACCUCCAGGCUUCGCCGCAAGCUUCAGGAAAGCAGUUCACCUGCAGCGUCUCCCAUAAGUCCCUGAGAGUGCCCAUCAAGAAGAGCUUCAUCCUGCAGGUUGAAGAGCCGAGCAGCUGGAUGUUUUACCUUUUUAUAUUCUCCGUCAUGGUUAUCCUGAUCGUUGUUCUGGUUAGGAUGCUGCCUGCGCUGCUCUCAGCGAAUAAAAAGUCUAAGCAGAAUAAACCCUACUGAGCAGCUGUGCACCACGAGGAGAAUCAGCAGUACCAGCCAGGACUUUCUGACUCCUUCCUUCGUUUUGGAUUUUAGGAUGAUUUGGGAUUUCUGUGAAACUUGGAUGUUCUAUGUUGCACUGACUUUAAUGUAAUUUUAAGAGUGAUUAUUCCUGGGUAAGAAAACUUGAUGAGCUAGAAGAGAAAAAUGAUCCAAGGUUGACAGUUUAAUGUGUCCUUUGUUUGUGGAACCUUGGCGCAUCGCUUCCUGCUCGCGCUCUGACUAUCUGAGUGUCCACAGGGGAAGCUGGAUUUGUUAUCGGAGCUACAAUGCCGUGGAAUAGCAUUCACACCCUUUGCUACAUUACAGCCAUAAUGUCCCGCUAUGUUAUUGAAGUUUAUGGGACAGAACCAACUCAAAGUUGAUCAUACAUGUGAAGAAGAAGGAAAAUGAUGCACAUAUGUUUUAUGACAUGUUUACAUGUAAAAAUCUGAAAAGUGUGGCAUGCAUUUUUGUUGCACCCCACUGAGGGCAUAUUCUGCAGAUCCACCUUUUGGUGCAUUUACAGCUGGAAACCUUUAAGAGUGUCUACCAGCUUUCCCCAUCUACAGACAAACCUUUGGCUAAGAAUUCUUUGCUGCAUAGUUCAAGCUCAGUUAAAGUCGAGGCAGAACAUCUCAGCAACAGUGUUCAAUUCUUAAUUGGAUUAAGGUCUGGACUUUGACUGGACCAUUCACACUUGAACAUGCUUUGUUUUUAUUUGCUAUUUGCUAUUUAUUUAACCAGGAAGUCACCAUUGAGAUCAAACAUGAGCAUCCACAUAGACUAUCCAUCUUCCUAUCAACUCUGACCCACUUCCAUGUCCCUGCUGAAGAAAAGUCCCCACAGCAUCAUGCUGCCACCACCAUGUUUCAGCAUGGUUAUAAUCGGUUCACGUUGAUCAUCAUCAGAGAUUUUCAGCCACAUGUUAGCCAGGAACUUAGGUUUGAUCGGACCAAAGGACGGUCCUCCCUGUGAUUGUUGUAUACCCUGCAACUGUCCCGUCAGCAGAUUCCAUCACAUGAGCCGUUGAUCUCUGCAGAUCCUCCAGAGCUUCUUACCAUGAGCUUCUCUGCUGCUUUUCUGGUGAAUGCUCUCCUGCCCUGUCUGACAGUUCAGGUAGACAGCCAUGUAUGGUUCAUCCCUGAUUGGUCUGCAGUGUUCCUUGGUCUUCGCUAACAAACCUCUGGGGCCUGGGUCAGAACAGAACAGCUGGAUUUUAUAGCAAGCCAACACAUAGGGUGACUCUUUACAGCAACUGGUUUUACCAGAUUUUAAUCUAAGUAGAGGAGACUUAAUUCACAUAACUUUUUAGAAUUUACUAAUUUACUUUAUGUUGGUUUGUUACAAUAAACAAACAACCAUACACACACACACAGCUAAAGGUAACCUAGAGUCAGCAGUUAACCUAACAAGCACGGUUUCAGACCAUGAGACUGGAAGCAGAGUCCCCUACAGAGGUAGGAAGGCUGCUUUACUCCUCACUGCUUCAUUCCAGCCCUAACAAGUUUCCUUUCUAACAGUUUUCUGUGGCUUACUCUUAACAGUAAUGUUUUUCAUUUUACUGAGGGCCCCUUCAGUAACGCCACGUUGGGUGCUGGUCAUUAUAUCCCUUGACACUUUUUGCUUUUGGAGUGUGACUUGUUUUGAACCUGUUGGAUGUCCUUUCCUGAAUGCAUCUAAAUACUUGACCAGCAUGGCGGCUCAUUGUAAAUUACUUGAAAGAGAAAAAAAAUAAACUUUACUGUGUUUGUCGUUUUAAGAGAUAGGACAAAUUUAGGUAGAUUGUAGAAAGCACAAUCAUUUAUCUCUACUGUUUCUAUAGUAAGGAUGCUGCUUCAGUUAUACUUUUAUAUUGGUCUCCAGCUCUCUCUGCUAAACUUGUGUGAGAACAACAAAACAGAAGACACCAUGUGUUGAUCAGUUCAAAGCAGCAGUUUUAAUCCCAGGCUUGAUUUGUCUACAGCAGCUCAGUAAAGAUUUGGAACAUAAAUCUCAGUCAGUGAAAAUUUCUAAAGGAUUAACAAAUGGAUUCAUUACACACUGUUAUAUCUUUCUUUUGUUGUUCUCUGUUGAACUUAAUAAUUAAGGUUUACAGAUAAAGCCCACAUUUAUAUUUCUCAGAAAAAUGCUAUAGUACAGAAGACCAAUUCAAACAAUUGUUAUAUAAAUGCAUUUUUCAUUUACUGUAUAGUACAUGAAUUUCUGCAUCAAUGCAGCGUAGAAUGAAGACCGGCCUGCCACUCUGUGAGGUCCAGUUUGUUUCAGCGGUGGCCUUCAGCUUGUCUGCAUCCAUGGUUCUGGUGUCCCUUCCCUUCCUCUAUGCUACUAUAGCCCAUGGUGUCUCUGUGGGGUUUAGGCCACUGCAACGCCAUGGUCCCUCAACCAGCUUCUGGUACCUUUGGCAGAGUGGGUCAGUACCAAGUCCUACUGAAAUCAGAACCUCUGCAAAGUUUGUCAGCAGAAGGAAGAACUCCAACAUUUCCUGCCAGAUGGUUGCAUUGACUGAGGACUUCAGGAAACCCAGUGGACCAACCCUGGCCGAUGGUACGGUACCCCAGACCUUCACUGACAGGAAACGUCACCCUGGAAACGUCUUCCUCCUGACUCUGGGAUGUUGAUUUCUAAAUGAAAUGCAACCUUUACUGUCAUCUGUAAGGAGGACUCGUGACUGUUUUAGCCCAGGUUCUGGAUGGAUCCGUGUGUGGAGGCCAUACAAAGCUCUGACUCCAGCCGCAGUCCACUUUCUGUAUAUCCAGAUAAAGACUCCAGGGUUGACUUUGGUUCAUAAUCAUCUUAAUUGGAUCAGUUUGUUUUGCCAAGUGCCUUGAGACAUUUGCUGUAAAUCUGUGCUUUAUACUGUAAAUAAACCAGAACUUAAUUGUU